CAGAGGGGAAAAUACAGGGAAACAACUGUAGGAGGAGAGACAUGAGCCAAGUUAGGAAUAAGAUUAACAAGAUGACUGGGAAAAGAGAAACCAGGAAAGCUUGUGUUCGCUGUGGGCAAUGGGAAGGGCAUCAGAGGGCAGCAGAUAGUCUGCUCAAAACAAAGUUAACUACAUUGGGCUCUAUUUUCGUUCCUCACCGGCGGCGUGGCAUAGGUGUGGCGUAAGUCAGGUCUGCCGCACCGACAAGGCAUGCCCAAGCACAUUUUGGUUAUUUGGUGAGUGGCGCAGCCCGGUGUAAGUAUCCCCCCUCCCUGAAAUGUGCCUGACACUGUGGAAACCUGUCGGUGAGGCAUCAGUGACGUAUGCCACAAGUAUAACCAAAAUACCACUAGACCAGCUGCGCUCCACCUGCCUUCAAAGCUGACCAGAUGUGAAUCGUCAAACUUACAGUGCACUUUCCACAGCACUGGCGAGCACGAAAAUGUCACUGCGUCAGCUGAUUCUGUCCACACCUCCCCCUACCACGCCACCACGCCCAGCUUGGCGGACCUCGGUGCUCUUUAGUCCAUGAAAAUAGCAAACUGGCUGUACACCAGGCUCUGCCAGAUGAAAAUACCACUGCGCGGGGUCCGCCACUCUCCGCCACCCCGCCGGCCGGCACGAAAAUAGAGCCCAUUAUCCUUUUCAUAUUCAGAAGUAGCUUUGACAGAAAAGCAAAGCAGAUGGUAUAUUUAAAAUAGUAUCGUUUGUCAUCCCUAUGUGUUUCAACCCAAAUGGUCAGGAAAAAAAGUCAUGAUCUUAUUUUUUCAAUGAAAAAAAAAUCAAGAAGAAGAAGAGCAGGAGAAAGAAGAAGAUGGUAGUGGUGGUCUAUGAUGGCAGUAUUGCGCCUACAACCUGUUAGCCAACCUCUAAAUAAAGAAAGAAGAAGAAAAAAAGAGGCGGAGCUUAAGGAGGAAGAAGAAGAAGGCAGUGGCUAAGACAGGACCUAAGUGGGAGAUGUGGGGUAUCUAUCAGCACCUAUCAUGCACCUGCAGCUGCUCCAAGAUGACUAACUUUUUAGUGUUAUAGCAGGAGAAGUUGACAAUGCGAUGGGUAACUGCCUGGGUCAGUGUAUUGGGCUCUUCAGGAGAGAGGCGAACAGGAUCCAAAGAGGAGGCGGGUGAGUGGAGCAGGUCCAUAAACACAGCUAGGUCAGCUAGCUUAACUAGCAUCAAACAUCAUCAGAAACAGCCGAUAUGGUCACAGCAAAGUGAAGUAGGGGACGAGUAAUCGAUUACUUGUUCGUUCCUUUGUCUGUCGAGUCUUGAUUCGGUCUGCCUUAUUGUCUAUGUAAUGACGAUUAACCGAUAGAAGAGGCUUGUAGAUGAGCCUGUGGCUUUUCUGUCAGGUCUCCUCUGCAUCUUUGUGCUGUAUGCCAACAGUAAGACCCCACCCUGAAUGUCAACAUCACAUGAGUUUGAGCCAUGUCUGUUUAAUGAGAGCGUUUACAUGAACGACAACCCCUGAUCAAGGAGCCAUAAAAGAAUGACAGAGAGAGAGAGAGCAUCACUAUCUGAACCUUACUCCAUCAAAGUGUCUCUUCCCCUAAUUUAUGGGGGAUUUAACAGUAUGUGACAAAUCAAGUGACAAUUAAUGUUUUUGUUAUUUUUAUAAUUUACUUUGCACCAUGACGGUUCUGCUGUCAGCUGAGGCAACUGCAGUUUUCUCAUAUCAUUCAAGAUAUAGAUUGUCAAUCUGGUUAAAAAGUAUAAGUUCUUUAGCUGGGAAAGCGCCGACAAGACAAGACAAGAAAUAUUAUAAUAGAAGUGUAGAACAAAAAUUGCAAUGAUUUAGAUAGAAAAUAUGAAUAUUUCACAAAAAUGUACAUUGAAAAUAUGAACAUAUAUAUGAAUAUCAGGCAGGGUGGUUGAAAUAUCCAAUCUCGGCCUACAUUUAUAUUAAAUCUCUUCUGGAUUAGUGUGGCAUGUUAGGAGUGUGUUUUUUUUAUUACAUAUAACUCUAUUAGAAUAUAAUGUUCACUAUUAGCAGGUCACUAUAAGCGCAACCACAUAACUUCUAUUUUAGUGACCCUUCACUGGCUCCUUGUUUUUAAAGUCCUCAAUGGUCUUGCCCCUCCUUACCUGUCUGAGCUCCUGUAUCACCACUUCCCAGCCAGAGCCUUAAGGUCCUCUGGCCAGCAUCCCGAAAACCAGACUCAAGUCUGGAGGUGACAGGGCCUUUUCAGCGGUUGCCACUAGACUGUGGAACAGUUUACCUGGCCAUAUUAGAGCCUAUUAGGGUCUUUUAAAACAUCUUUAAAGACCCACCUUUUCUCCUGUGCUUUUAAUAAAUGAGCACACAGGAGUCAGAGGCACUGUAGCUUUUAUUCUUUUACUGUCUGUAUUUUAUUCUACUGUUUUUAAUUUUAUGUUUUAUUGUUAUCUAUAUAUUUAUUUACUUCUUUUAUUUAUCCCAUGUACAGCACUUUGUUUGACUGCUGUCUUUUAAAGGUGCUCUAUAAGUAAACAUUGAUUUGACUUGACUUGACACAUGAUGAAGAAACACCACCUCCAGCACAGCAUAUCACAAACUGAGCCUCUUGUCAUUCCAGCUACUCCCUCAUACAACCACAGAUCAAGAUCCAGCUUAGCCUGGCUGGGCCAUCCUGUUGUGUGAAUCACUUGCCGUUCUUUCACACAACAGUCUGGACUUCAGCCCAUCGGGAGCGUGUAUUAGCGAUCAGAAAAUAACUGGGUCAAUCAGUGACUGUAUUUCCACUGUUCCCCGGACAACAGGGAAAGGCAGCCCCUGAUUGGUCCAUGUGUAGAUGGUGACGUCUAACACAUGCUGCGGGACUUUUCAAAGCCCCGUUCAUUCAGAACGCCGUUAAUUCUGCAGUUGACUUUGCAAAGUCGGCAGAAAUCGUUUAGAUCCGCAGAAGACGUCGGAUGUAAACGAUUUCUGCCGACUUUGCAAAGUCAGCUUCUGGAUGAACGGCACUUUGAAAAUCCAGAAUCUGCGUGUCCUGACUGAUUAAAACAAAACAAACAAACAAAAAAACAGCUUAAUUUUAAGGUUCCCUUGGCUUCAAUCACUUGGUUCUGCUGAGCAGUUAUUUUCAGAUCCCAAAUGUAGCCAUGGCUUGUAACUGUAGCAGCCAAAUGAUAACCAAUCACAAGUCAGUGAUAAUAUAUACAACCACAAACCUGGCUGAGCUUUUUAGAACGGUCACAGAGAAGCGACAUGGUUAUUAACCCUGUCAAACUUUAAAAAGUUUGCUGUUUAAUCACUGUCUUAAAAAAAGAAGGAAGACAUAAUAAUGAUUUUUCUGUGUCUGUCAAAACCCACUAAUUUAGAAGAGAUAAAUGGGUCAUCUGAGUAUCAGGGCUCUGUCUUUAAUAUCAAUAUUUAACUAUGAUGAGCAGUAAGUGGUGUUUUUUUAUCUGAUACUAGAGGCUCAGGGUUAAUUUUGAAUUCCAGUUGUAUACAGAGCUAUAAAUUUAAAACUCUUCCUUAAAAAUCUGAAUAAAUGGGGUCAUGUUUAAUAAGAAAUCAAUCAUUUUUUUUCCAGCUGACUUCUUUGCAUGCACGCAAAGGUUUCUUGAAUAUUCAUAUUCUCUCUCAUUCAUCCAGGUCAAAAUACUUUGGACGCAGUAGCACAGGGGAACAUUUUACGAUAGAGGUACAACUCCUGAAUUUACCAGCAUCAUUAUGUCUUUUCAUGAUGGAUAUUCUGUUUAGGAUUUUAUGUCUGACUGUGACUUCUCAUUUUGCAGUUUGAAAAUCUUGUGGAGAGUGAUGAGGUAUGUCUAAUCACCCUGCAUAAUCUUUUUUUACAUGAAUAGAUUUCAGUGUAAUUAUGCCAGUACCCCUAGGAUACUGUUGACUUUGAGACUCCCCUGAGAAAUAUCUCUGUUUGCCAUCCUCUAAUGAGAGACAGACUGUACACCUGUCAGCAUGGUACAGCAGACUCAAAUCAGUCUGGACUAAUUAAAUUAGACUGUGCAGUUUGGAAGAUGCAUUUCUGUUUCUGUUUGGUAAGAUUUGGUUUGUUCACUUGCAGGCUGAAAGUCCACAGCCAUGCCCAAGGUAAUGGAUUUGGUUUAAUUGAAAAAUAAAUCCCAUAAAUGUUUCUGAGAGCAGCUGAUACUCAUGAUUUUUGUGUGUUGUUUUAUUAGGCCAAUCAACGAAGAUGAGAUCAAGCACCUUAAUGAACACUGCUAUGCUGCAAUCGAAGACAAGCAGAUCCAGAUAGAUCACAGGCUUCAGCUGGAAGUAAGAAACUGAUUUAAAAGAUCAUCGUCAAAGUCAUGUGUCUUCCAUAGAUUUAAUGCACUUGAUAUGUCUUCAUUUGGUUUGAAACCCUUUAUUUCUUAUUUUGAUUUUCUGCAUUGUCUUGUUUUACCAUUUUAUAAUUUCCUGUUCUGUUUUUUUGUGCUUUGUUUAUUUUGAUUUCUCUGCUUCAGUUAGAGGCAGAAGAGGAGAAGUUAAGGCUAGAAGAGGAGGCUAGAAAUGCUGCUCAACGUGAGGCUGCCAGGUUGGCACGUGAACGCAGACUGAAGGAGGUGAGGCAGCACUGAGCGCUCCCUUCGACCAGUUUGACUUACUUUUUGGAAAAAGCAGCUGUUCUUCUAACAUGCUGGUCCUGUGACAAGACCCCCAACAUACAGGUCCUCAGCCUUUGAUAUCUUAAAGAGACACUAUUAAGUUUUUCUCUGUUCACUCUUCCUCUAUGUUCUGAUUCAGUGGUUUUCCUAUUGAAGCUCAGAGAAAAAAAAUCCCUUUCAGCUCAUUUAUUGUAGUGAGACACAUCAGAAGACAGUAGCUGCUGGUAGAUGAUACAACAAGUACUUGGACUUUCAUUAAAAAUAGAAUCAAAACUCCAUAAUAUGUUGGUGUAGCAGCCAAUCUUUACAGUCCAAUAACAGAAACAUUUUUUAUUUACAUUGAUAUGAUUAAAUCAUAAGUCUAAUGUAAUAUUACACUGCUGCUUUUAUUGUUACUUUGUAUUUUUUUGUUUUUUAUGUGUUUGUUUGUUUGUUUUUUACCUGUGACGGGCUGCAUGUAGGCCCUGGGUAUCAAAACUGGUUCCAAUUUGAGACUGGUUUUAAAUUGCAGAGAUUCAUGGAUUUGCACAGGCAUGUGAAUUUUGGUUCUGCUUUUCGGUUCCUAACAGUCACUUAAAUCUAUUAUGACUGAACCUCAGUGAGAAUACUGCAGUCCUGCUAAAGUUUACUUACCUGCCAGGACCUGCUGUGUCAGCAGAGUAUUAUCUCACUUGUGGUGCAGUACGUAAACAAAGAUGAGCGGAGUAUUACGACAGACUAGAGCAAGCAGUUGAAGGAUUGGCUAAGGACACGGCAAAAGAGGGAGCAUGUUCAAUUAAAGAACAAUAAGCAGAACCAGAAUCUGAACUGUAAUGGAUAAAAUUGAAACGGUACCCUUACUGCAGAGUGAUGCAGUGACCUAGAGUGCAUGUUUUCCUAUGUGGGAGUCCCUCUGAGCACCCCAGUUCCACCUCACAGUCCAUAUAUAAGCUAAUUUGUUUAAUCUGUGUCUUUAAAUUGCCUUUAGGUAGGAGUGUGAGUAAGCCUAAUGAUCUGUAUCCGUGUCUUAGCCCUGUGAUAGUCCGCUGUCCUCUACAGGUUGUUCCCUGCAUUUAACCCCAUGGUGGCUACAGCCCCCAAGGGACAGGUGGAUAACUGGAUGUGUCUUAUCUGACAACAUCUAAUCAAUGUUUGUAAACUGUAAAAUAAUUUAGUCAGACAACUGAAGCUGAAAAUGUUUACUCAUUGAGAUAGUACCUUCAAACAGCUAGUCUGAGCCUGCAGGUGGAUGCCUGAGUGUGGAGGCGGGGGUUAGCUGAGGUUUAAACUAGCUCAUAGGUGUGUGGUAUAUUUGUGUAUUUGAAUAAUAAUGAUGAUUUAAUCUUUGUUUGUUGACAGCUGUCAGCCCAGAAGAAUUUAGGGAAAGCAGAUGGCUCCACUCAUGAUCCUCAGCAAAGACAGUAAGUCCAUCAAGUUCAUCAAACAACAACAGAGUUACAAAGCUGAAGACAUGAUGUAUUCUGCGUACAUCUGGGCAACUGCAUAGAUUGGUGCUUCUUUUCUAAGUCUGUUCAGAACCUCAUAGAAGUUCACAUGUACAUGAAAAUAUUACACACAACAAUGUGAACUCAUGACAGACGUAUCCAGAUUCAUACACACAUAUCCACUCUAGAGUGGUCAUUCAGUUCUUUUAAAGUGGGGUUUUAUGUGAGUUACUUAGCCAUAGAAAUUGUGUUAGCCACAGGGGAUGCCAGUCAGCUCUGCCCCUUAGUAGAGAAACCCUAAUGUCAGUGUAAGUCUACACUCUGUGUGAAAAAAUUUCAGCACUUUACUGUGACAUCAGAUAUCCUUAUCGAUUUGCGGUAGAGCAAUUAUUCUAUCAGCUGGAAAAUAGACAGCACUUGUUGCUAAAAAUUAUGUCAAACUUAGAGGCAAAAAAAAAUCAAUGCAUUGCAGGCAGAGGAGCACGUUUGUGCUGUGCUCAAGUGCAAAAUUGAAGAGACUUUUUUUUUGGAGAUCUAAUAAAGAACUGAAUAAUAAUAGCUGAAAACAUAAACAGACAUCAGUGCUCAGAUCAGAGUUACUUAAAAUUUGCUAAAUUUUAUAGUAGGGCUGAUUACUUCUGUAGCAGUCGCCCUAAGAUUAACAAUUCUACACCAAACAAUGAAGCAAAAACUGGACACACAAGUACUUUCACCACAGGCAUGCAAAGGUUGACAAAAGUAUAAUAUAGCUUCACUGGAUGCUUUUUAAGACUAAUAGAAUGAUGUAAGCACAAAGCAUUUGAAAGUGUUGGCCACUAAAGACUUAUGUGGGUAUCACUCAAGAAUAGAUAUAAGCCACCGAGUUCAGAGCUUUCCUUCCAUGCUGUUACAGUUGUGUUUUUCCGAUUUUCACUUUCAGAAAAACCUCUGGAGAGGACUUUGAUGUCUACCUCCGCACUGUAAAAGCCCAGUCUGAAGCCUUCAGAAGCAACAGUAAGUGGGUCACCUUCUCUUCAUCAUUAUGUCAACUUAACUUGCAGGUGUACAUAAAGGUCCGUUAAUCUCUGCACACAUUUAAAAGGAUUCAAAUUUUUCAUAAGAGCUGUUUCUUCACAGGGUUACCCUCUGACACAAACCUGGUGACACCCAACACAGAGUGCAGCUGGGACUUCACCACUAAGACUCGCUCCACAAAUGAUGAUGGGACUUCACUGGACUUGGAGUGGGAAGAUGAGGAAGGUAAUGUCGGCUGAAAUUGUAAACGCUUUCUCAUCCGGUUGAAAUUAGGCUCUGUCCAAAACUGCUGCUGGAUUGCAGACGGGCGAUUUUAAGAGACUGAUCAAGCAUUCAACCCAACUGCUUUACCACUCUUGUGCAGGAUUUACUAUUAUAACAGGUUAAUAGGAUUAUUAUUCUUGCAGGUAAGAGGAGGUUUGGUUGAAUCUACAUUUAAUAACAGUGCAUCAGAAAGGACAACACUAUCAACUUUGCCUUGUACUGUAUUCUUCUCCCCUCAUGUGUUGACACUGUGGAAAUGUUCACUCACUCAUUGCAUGAUAAAAGGGUAAAAACUGUUGUCAGUUUAAUUGCUCUCGACUUCAGCGGCUCAUGCUGUCAGACUCAAAGCAUGUGUCCUUGUGUGUUGAAGGAAUUGUUCGUACGCUUCCAGUCUGGGAGAGGUCUCGUACAGAGGAGGACAUCCUGCGUGCAGCCCUGAGGCCCAGCAGCAAGCAGAUUAACAGCGGCGUAACAUCAGCCUCUGAGGAUUCAAAUGCACUGGAGUGGGAAAAUGAUUUUGUGAGGACUCAUCCAGAGGACAGCGCAGACACUGAAUUUGAGGGGUUUGUCAAUCCUGUACUGAACACUCAGUCUGAGGAUGCCUUGCACUGUGGCGUCAGGGCGGACGACCAGGAAAGAUAAUGUCCAGCACCAAAAGAAAUGUUUGUUAUAAUCCUCAUGUUAGCGAUCACCAGCUUUUUCUUCAUGAAGUGGAAAUGAACUUACUUGCUCUUCAUUUUCUGUAAUGAGACUCAGAUGUCGUGAAUCGCCACACAAGGAUGUUUUUUUUGGGGUUUUUUUGUAUCAAAUUCAAAUUCCAGUGCCUUUGUUUGCCAUACUAGGGGACCAUUUUAUGCACUGGGACUUGACCUCAUCAGUUAACCUCAAACUUAGACACAUUCUUCAGUCGUACAGAAGGUACAAAUCUAACGUGAAUGUAGCUCUUCUUUAGGAGCAGCAUGUUUUAUUCACAGUUUAUUGAGAUAUUUCAAUAUUUGUCAAUGAUCUUGAUUUUAUGGAGUCCCAUCUAUGAUGCUCCAUUGUACUUUUUUAAACACCACAGAAAGAUUGUCCCCUGCAUUUGACCUAUCUUAACCCCAAGCAACAAUAAAUAGCUACUCUGCAGUGUAUGAGUAUCAAGCUUCACGGUCAAGAGUCUUUUGGUGUGUGUAAAGAAGAAAAACAUCAACAGUUGUCACUCAGCUCUCUGUACUCCCCACCACCCAUUUGUUGUUUAAAGUUUAUGCAUGUGAAUUGAAAACAAACAGAGUAACACCAAAAGUUUGCUGAUCUAAGAAGUCAUUUUAUUAGAAAAAAAACACUGUGUCUAUAUUUAAUACUCAGGCUCUGGAUCUGAGUGAUUACACUGGAGCAUGAGUUAGUAACUCCUCAUUUUCACUGAUCAUACAUUUACCAGUAGAGUCCAUUUUUGUGGAGAACGUAAAGCACUGCUAUAAAAACUUAGAGGCUGGACUGCAGAAACUCCCCCCUUAAUAUAUGACAUUUUAAUCCAACAACAGUACUUUUUUUUUAUCCUAUUUUAAGGUUUUUGGGGGUGGGGGCCUUUUUGAUUUUGUGAGAAGCCAACCAAAAAAAACAGGGAAUAUGGGGAGUAGAGAGUGGGGGGUGAUAUGCAGCAAAGGAUCAUAGCCAGUAGUUGAACCAGGGAUCACUGUAACAAAGACGAGAAGAUACGGGCCUCACAUUUUAAGCUUACGUGACUGGAUAGUGGGGUGUUGUGCCUCAUUUGUUAUAGCUCUCAAAAACAGAGGAUAUAGUGGUGGACAAACAAGCAAGAAGCCUCAAUGUAUGAUGAAUAUAGUUGUGUUUCUUAAGGCAGACUACAAUCAAACUGCAGGUUUGAAAGUUCAGAGGACUUUCCAUUAUUUUUGAUAAAUCAAAAAAGGAAAGAGCAGGUGCACCUUAGGUAGAACUGUAAAAGGUGGCAGACAAGAUAGACACAUGAGAGUUAACUCAAGAAAUUGGCUUGUUUCUAAAUAAUUAAAAAGCCGGGUUUCUAGAGACCAUGUUCAUUUUCAAGUUGUCUAUUAAACUAGUCAUACAAAACUAGGAGCCAGCAACACCAAAACUGUUUCUUACAUUGUAAACACACCAGUCCUCCACAAUGAUUUCGGAUUUUGAAGAAUCACUUUCUCAGUUAGUGCAAGUUGUUGUAAUAGAUAAUCUUACCUUUCACAAAAGUGUACAUUCCCUUCCACUAGUUCACGAAAGUGUCACUCAUGAGUCAGUCAAGCACUUUGUACACACAGGAAGACUCCUUAGUAAACAGGCAGUGAUUGACACCAAAUCAGACCGUAAAGCUUUACUUUUCGCUUCAUUUCCAGUUUGUACUUCUCUAUAAAUAAAAGUUAUGUUUGCAUAUUCA